GCGUGUAGAAAACAUCCAAUAUUUUAAGACGUUCAGAUAAUACCUUGAGGCAUUAUUGUGUGUGUGAGGAAGGGACGUAUUGCAGUUUAUUGCGCAAAAUCGUUGGUGUUUGUACUUAGUUACUAAUUACUGGAUUAAUAAUAAGAAUAAACGGCGAAGAAAAAUCAAAUAAUAGGAGAGACCAAGCACGGUCACCGGCGCCCUCACAGCCAGUUCUUCUCAACGAACUUAUCCUAGGGAACAUGGCUGAUAAAACACCACCUUACAUUCCGGAAGAUUGCCUUCCCGUGGAGGAAGUGACUGGUCUUCGAUCUGAAGUUGUGCGAACCAACUCAUUCUUCUGCCAGUCUCUGCUGCGGGAAAUGUCUGAAAAUUCAUUGAUUUUGCUUCCCAGCGCAAAGAUCUCAAAUGAAGAUUUGGCCAACUGUAACAGUUACUCUUCCGAAUCGAAAGAAAAUUCGAGCGUGACGCCGGAUUCGUUAUUCAAGCUAAUAAGACGAUGCAGUGGCAUGGAGAAGACUUCAGUAUCUGGAAAUAUGUUUAAUGACCAGAUAAUCAAAAUGCCUAGCAACUUGCCUACAUAUGUUUCAUCAGAAGAAACGUCAAAAGAGACGGUGCCUGAAGUACCCAUGAACAGAUUCUGCAGUGCAAAUACACAUAUUUCCUCCAAGGAAGUGGAAGUUCCAACAAGUCAAGCCCCGUCCAAAGAAUUCUCCCUGAAGAGGUCCAGGAACUUGUUAAUCGAAGGAGAAUCUGAAGCUUCAUUAGAAAAGAGAGCUAGGGUCUCAGAGGAAGUUGGUACAGCAGAACAGGCUCCAUCAGAAGGAACUAUGACAGAUACAAAAGUGAAAUCCGGAGUCUCACCUAAUGAAGACAAGUCAGGUCAAACAGCAGAGAAAGAGGCAGUGAUAUCUGAGGCCAUAAUAACCAGUGAGAAAUCCACGGAUGUUCCAACUGCAGGAUCUGGGAAAAUGUCUCAGAGAUCGUCAUAUGUGCCAAAUCAGCAGAAUACAUCCUCUAUAGCUUUUGAUAAAGAAAAAGCUUCAGAAGAUAAAUGUUCUGAAGGCGACAGAUGUUCUGUUUGUGGAAAAACAAACUGUCCUUUAGAUCCUAAACAGACCUCGAAAAUAAGCCCAAUUUCCAUGCCCCAAAAGUCACUAUUUGGGAAAUUAAAGUCAUCACGAAAGUCAAAGCAAUCCCAGCUUAAUGUUAUGAUUGCGAAGAGGACGAAGACUACAUCGAAACGUUACAUUAAUACCCGAAGUUCAACAAACAGACUGGCUAAGCGCAUCGUUAACCACACACCACUUCAUGUCUUCAAGUUAAAGGGUCAGCUCUUCAAAGCCGUGGAAGAUGGAGAUAUGGUUAGAAUGCAGGAACUAAUACAAGAUACUGGAGUAACUGUAAGGAAAAACAAGACCAGAUGCACACUCCUUCAUGUUGCAGCGACCUACAACCAACCGGAUAUGGUGAUGUUUCUGCUGAAAUCUAUAAGUCCCAAUGUUACUAACAAGGAGGGACAGACUCCAGCUCAUGUGGCCGCUGAAAAGGGUCACACACAAGUGCUGAAUAUUUUAGUGCGUGACUCUGACUUUGAAGCCGACAAACGGGAUAAUCGUCAUAACACAGUAAAAUCCCUGCUUGGUGGCCAUCUGUUCAAGGCCAUCUUAGAAGGAAACACGAAAGAAGCAGAAAGGCUUGUGGAACUUGGUGCAGACCCAGACAGUCACGGUGGAAAGCUGGUGAACGGGCUGUUGGCACGAGAGCUUGGAGUCACUACACCUCGCCUCCUGGCCAAUGCUCUGAGUAUGGAAUGGGCUGUUACCAUGUUUGCCAAGAAAGCAAGAAAUGAUAAGAAAACCGAUGAAACUGGCUGUCAAAUAUCAGCCGCCUUAAACUCAGUACAACUUAAAGUGCCCACACGACAGUUUCACGUGAGACAUGCAACAGCAAUUCAAGGAGGUGCUGAUGUGUACAAGAUGGACAAAGAAGCACGAGGUUUUGUUCGCAUCUUCAACUUCAGUUCUUUUAAGGACAGAUCCGUCCUGAAACUUCAGCAACUCGACUACGAUGCUCUCAUUAUGUCAGAUGUAUUUGAUAACAUGGGAUACAAGUGUAAAACACAUGCGUCACUCACGGCUCAGCAAACUAAGGAAGUCCUGAAAAAUAUUCGUGAUGCUGAUGAGCUAACAGACGUCGGAUGUGCAAUAUUUGUCAUUUCUGGUUAUAGUGUAAAUGGCAGGAAGGUUCUUACGUCUGAUAUGAAAUCUGUAGACAUCGAUUAUAUCUUAAAUCUCUUCAAAGAUUCCGAAUGUCCUCGGCUCAAAGACAAACCCAAACUUUUCAUCUUUAACUUGUACAACCUGAGUGAAGGGAUCACGACUUCAUGCAGUGAAACUCUAAAAGUGAAGAGGUUGACAGACCCCCUCAACGACAUGGCUUGUAUCUAUUCCAACAACAUUGGUCUCAACUGCAUCCCGAAUGGGAAAGGAACAGCCUUCAAUUGGUGUUUGUGUCGCACUUUGGCAGAGCAUGCAGCUGACCAGGAACUCUGUGAUUUUUAUAGAGAAUUCCUGAAAAAAUAUAACAACAGCUCUUCUACUUUUUCACCUGAACUGAGGUACUUUGGCUUCACCAAGAAAUUCUUCUUUAACCCUAUGUAAAUUUAAUGAGAUCUUCUGAGAAGCGUUUUUUAUCUGAUCUAUAAACCAUUAAUUUAAGACAUAUGUAAUGGCAUGUUAAUUGAGUUACUUGAUUUUUUUUAUUCAUUGUUUAAAAACAUUUUCUUGACAAACACUGGUCAUUGGGACAAGCGUAGAAAAGUAACUGUGGUAUUAUUUCGAUAAAUAAGUAUCAACAAAAUAUUUCAACCACACCUCUUGCUUUCUGAAUUUCUAUAUUUUCAUACCUUUUCCACCGGUUCUCGAUAUAAAUGUAUAUAAUAUAUGUAUAUAUUAUGCAGGAAGAUUGCUAGUUAGAUAUCUUCAUAUAUACACAUGAUUUAUUGAUCAUAUUCAUGCAAAUAAUGUACUUAAUAUAUCUAGUCAUGUAAAUGCUUUUAGUGUAAAUGCAUCUUUUUUUGGGUA